CUUGUCUGCGGAAACUCCCAGAAAAGCUAAAAAAGAAGAGAAAAUACCUCCAUUAAUGGAGGCAAAUAGUGAACCAGUAUGCUGCAAUAAGAGAAAAGCCGAAGGUGGUAAACGUAAAAUCCUACAACUGAAAAUUCCGAAGAUAGAUCCUCUCAGCAAUACCUGCUAUGUUCAGAUAUUGGGAAAUGGAUUGGAUACGCAAGAUACUUCACCAUCGAUUUUGUUGUUGUUCGAUAAGCAGAGCUUUAUUUUUAAUGCUGGAGAGGGGUUGCAACGGUUCUGCAUUGAGCACAAUUUUAAGUUAUCCAAGAUUGGUCACAUAUUCUUUUCUCGUGCCUGCUCAGAAACCACUGGUGGACUAGCGGGUCUUUUGUUGACUCUGGCUGGCAUAGGGAUGAAAGUUAACAUAUGGGGUCCCUCUGGUCUCAAAUGUUUAAUAAAUGCUGUGAAAACGUUCGUCCCAGACGAGGCAGUGCUUCAUACUAAUAUCAUUGGGCCUACUUCGACUUCUAAUGCAGCUCCUAUUUUUCAUAAACCUACAACUAUAUUUGCUAAUAAGGUUGUGAAGAUAUCGGCUCUUCUUUUAAGACCAAGUUGCUACAGGGCAAAGCUAAAGGCUGGUGAUAUUUCUGUUAUAUAUUUUGUUGAAUUACCCGAAAUUAUUGGAAAAUUUGACCCAAAGAAAGCCAUGGCGCUUGGACUAAAACAGGGACCAAAAUUUCGUGAUCUGCAACUUGGGCAAUCAGUUCGUUCAGAUUAUCAAAAUAUCACAGUUCAUCCAAGUGAUGUAAUGGGUCCCUCAGUUGCUGGCCCGAUUGUGCUCCUUGUGGAUUGCCCUACCCUUUCUCAUUUGCAACAAUUGGUAUCUCUACAGUCUGUCAGAAGUUACUUCGACGGUGUUAAGAUUGUGAGUUGUGUUAUUCACUUGAGUCCAUCAGCUGUCACACUGACCGCCGAGUACCAAACUUGGAUGAGAAGAUUCGGCGGAGCCCAGCACAUCAUGGCUGGGCAUGAAAAAAAAAACAUGGAGAUCCCAAUUCUGACAACAACAGCAAAAAUGGCAGCUCGACUUAAUUAUCUUUGUCCCAACUUCUUUCCAUCAUGUGGAUUUUUGGCUCGUCCGAAUUUUCACAAUGGUGAACAAGAUAGCAUCGCAUCAAACAUGGUUUCUGUCUCAAGUCCAUCUAAAUAUAUUGCUGCUGAAAAUCAUCUCAAGUUCCAUUUGCGUCCCUGCUCAUUGUUGGGGUUGGAUAAUUCUACAAUACCGAAGUUGUUGAGCCAUGCAGAGGUCAUUGAUGAUCUUCUCUUAGAAAUUCCUGAGAUAGCAGAUGCUGCGAUUGAAGUUAGCAAUUUUUGGAAUAAGUCUGAAUCUAAUCUCCCUAGUUGUUUGGAAAAUGUAACCAGAGAAGAGAUGGAGAUUGUGUUUCUAGGAACAGGAUCAUCCCAGCCUUCAAAACAUAGGAAUGUUAGUUCAAUCUUCAUUAAUCUUUUCGCCAAAGGAAGUCUACUCUUAGAUUGUGGUGAGGGAACUCUAGGACAACUGAGAAGAAGGUUUGGUGUGAUUGGUGCUAAUGAUGCUAUAAGAGGCUUGAAAUGUAUUUGGAUUUCCCAUAUGCAUGCAGAUCAUCACACUGGUCUGGCAAGUAUUCUCGCCCUCCGAUGCCAAUUAUUAAAAGGUUCAAGUCAGGAAAAGAUAUUUGUUAUUGCACCAAAACAACUGAAGAAAUUCUUAGAUGCACACCAAUGUGCCGAGGAUCUAAAUGUGCAGUUCCUUUAUUGUGGACAAACGACGGAUGUUGGGUGGCAGGGUUUUGAGAAUUACCGUAUGGGACCAGGAAGUCUUGGCGAAUUAACCGAGGAUUUUCAAGUUCAGCAGAAGUUGAAAAAGAUGUUAGGUGAAGUUGGUUUGGAAGCUCUUAUUAGUGUUCCUGUUAUUCAUGGUGGAGAUCCAUUUGGUCUUGUUUUGAAGGCUGUAGAGAGACAUAAUACUGAUGGUAAAACUAUACCUGGCUGGAAACUUGUUUACUCAGGUGAUACUAGACCUUGCCAAGAACUGACGGAUGCGUCUAAGGAAGCGACUGUUCUUAUACAUGAGGCAACUUUUGAGGAGAAUAUGGUCGAAAAGGCUAAAGAAAAGAAUCACAGUACAACGAAGCAAGCUAUUGAAGUUGGAGGUGGUGAAUAUCCUCGGGAUGGUGCAUAUCGGGUCAUCCUCACACAUUUUAGUCAGAGGUAUCCAAAGAUUCCAGUUUUUGAUGAGGAACAUGCGCAUAAAACAUGGAUCGCUUUCGACUUGAUGAGUGUUAACAUAGCAGAUUUGCAUGUGCUUCCAAAAAUCCUUCCCCAGCUCAAACUCUUAUUUAAAAAUGAAGUGGACUUUGAAGAACUUCAUGAUGUUUAAAAUCUCCAACUUUUUAUUUUCUUUGAAAGAAAAAUAAAAUAAAAAUCUAGUUGAAUGCCCCUUAAAAGUGUGUGCAUACUUGUUAUCUAGCCUCGUAACAAGGGGUGUAACUAGGGUGUAAGUAUAAAAUAGUUUUGUUCACAUGCGGAUAAAUUGACAUUGAAUGUCAGUUGGCAUUGAAUGUGAGAUAAAUA